CCGUAAAUUAUUCCGCUACCCGACCCGACCAAAAUCUCGCUCUCGCCCCUCUCUCUCUCUCCCCUCUCUCUCUCUCUCUCUCUCUCUCUCUAAAAGCGGAAGAGGAAAGUGAGGUAGAGAGAGAGAGAAAGAGCUAAACAUAAAACACCGCGCCCACACUCAGAGACACCGCCAUUUCUCCGUCUCUGCACGCCUCCUCCGAUCCGAAUCGAAGAGAACGAAGAAGACGAAGACGAAGAGGGGAUAGAGAGAGGUAGAGAGAAGGAGGCGUCCAUGGCGGGGUAUAGAGCGGAGGACGACUACGACUACCUCUUCAAGGUGGUGCUCAUCGGCGACUCCGGGGUGGGGAAAUCGAACCUCCUCUCGCGAUUCACCAGGAACGAGUUUAGCCUCGAGUCCAAAUCCACCAUCGGGGUCGAGUUCGCCACAAGGAGCUUGAGCGUCGAUGGGAAGGUCAUCAAGGCUCAGAUUUGGGACACCGCGGGCCAAGAGAGGUAUCGCGCCAUCACUAGUGCAUACUACCGAGGAGCUGUUGGUGCGUUACUCGUCUAUGAUGUCACCCGACACUCUACAUUUGAGAACGCUGAACGCUGGCUGAGAGAAUUGAGAGACCACACAGAUCCAAAUAUAGUCGUCAUGCUGGUCGGAAACAAGUCAGAUCUCCGUCAUUUAGUAGCUGUUUCUGCCGAAGAAGGAAAGGCCUUUGCAGAGAGGGAAUCUCUCUAUUUCAUGGAGACAUCUGCAUUGGAAUCAACCAAUGUGGAAAAUGCCUUUGCCGAGGUUUUAACUCAGAUUUAUCAUAUUGUCAGUAAAAAGGCGGUUGAAACAGGGGACGAUGGAGCUUCUGCGGUGCCGAGUAAAGGGGAGAAAAUCAAUGUGAAGGACGAUGUUUCUGCGCUGAAGAGAGUGGGGUGCUGCUCUACUUGAUUAAGCUACUUUCCCGCUUUUCCGUGGUUUGUGUUUUACUGUAGACUGUAGUGUUUGUUUCCAGACUACUCUUUGUGGCAUUAAGAUUUGUUUAGGUUAUGCGCACCAUUACAUUUUGUUAAACCAGGAAAGCUUUGUCAGGUUCAGUGUACUUUUUAUUUGUUGCGUUACAAAUCCUUGAUGAAUUAAAGCAUAUACCUUGCAUUAGCUGCUACAUGAUUUA